AAGGGAAGGGGGCCCGCCCACAUCUGGCAAUGCCGUGCAACGCGCCUUUGCGCAGUCGCGACAUGGACGGCGCCAUUAACGUUAGUUAUCAUCGCGAAUCACCAUGGCACUUGCCCAGUUCCAGUCCUCAACAACUGUCAACUGCCAUCGGUACAGGUACUUUCCUUACUGUGUGUCACCUUCCUCUGACUUGCGCCCGACAAUUUCCCGCAAGCCCUCACCUUGAUCCCAUUCGUUCCUUCAAGUUUUCACUAUUACCUUACUUACUGCAAUCGCUGUUUGAUUGACCACCGAGUCACAUUUCUUUCUCCCAGCACAAACCGCCCUACACAUGUCGCUUCUCAGUCGACACUUACGAUGGAAGAGAGUGAGAUUCAGCAGCUCCGGGACGAGCGAGAGCUGGCGACAGUGAUGCUAGAGUCCCUAAUCGACACCGACUACCCCGGCGCUGAAGAGGAGCGCGCUGCACAGAGAGCGGAUAUUGCCCGCUUUGACAGAUUGAUCGCAAAGGCAGAGCGAGGCGAGCUGGCCGUCGAGGACAAUGAUAACGAAGUGGACUUUUCGUUUCCCAACUCGAGACCUAGCCCUCCAAGAGCAGCGACGCCUGGGCCUUCAAACGAAAGUCUACUUAGCCAGCAGACUCUCCAGGAGACCUGGGCGCCUCGCCCUCGUACACCUCCAAGCGCUAUGCCGCAGACACAGCCACGCUCGGCGAAUCUCCCGAGCAGGAAGCGCGAGCGCAGCUCGACGAUCACCAACGCUGAACCUCAACCAAAGUCGCGAAGGUCGACACCGACGCCAGCGCCAGCCCGCGGUCCUGCACCUCCUGCCUCGAGUCGCAACGAAGUGGGGUCUAUGGACGAUUUCGAUUUCAUCGAUCUAACUGGGUUUGAUGACGAGGACGAUGGCGAAAGUGCGUAUCAAAGGGCUCGUUCAGAUCACCAUAGGAGGUGGAGGGAUGCCCACCGAAACGGACUGCAAGAAGCUCGUUCAUCUGCCACACCAAGUGUCCCGAUACAUACCUAUCGUCCUGCUGCUCCGGCUCACCCUCAUUACGUAGGCCAAAGUAUGCCCGGACAGUGGCCGGUGGAAGGCAACGGUGCCCCCGCCCCUCGUCGAACAUCCACAGCGGAGAAUAGCAAUGACCCAUGGUCGUUUUUGAAUGAUAUCGAAUAUGCCCCAUUCAACCCCAGCCCCGCGCAGAACCGAGGUGGACCUCCAAGGGGGUUUGUGAUCAACGGCCCCCCCAUUCCCUCACAACCCGUUCAGCCGCUGUAUCAUCCAACACAACCAGGGAUCCCGGGAUUUAUGAACGUUGCCAGAGGAGUGCUAGGAGAUGGCAUGCGUCAAGUUGGCAAUGGUCUCCAAGGUAUCAUCAACAGGACAGCCGACUUCGACUAUGUCAAUAUGCUCGAUCCAAUGGGGAACCCCUUGAGCGAACGGCACAGCCGACUUGCCGACAUGAUGCAAGAUUCUCGAGUCUCUGAAAAAGAACUGGAGGAUCUCUUCAAAAACAUUCGGCCCGAUAUGGACAUACCCGAAGGCAACCGUGGCAGCACCCCAGCGGGUCUCGAUGGGACACUCUACCCUCAUCAAGAGGUUGCCUUGACAUGGUUGAAGCAAAUGGAAGAGGGCACCAACAAAGGAGGCAUCCUAGCCGAUGACAUGGGCCUUGGCAAAACCAUCUCCAUGAUCUCGCUCAUGCUCGAAAGAAAAGCGGAUGGCCGCCCGAAAACGAACUUGGUCGUUGGCCCGGUAGCCCUCACGCGACAGUGGGAGGCCGAAGUCAAAUCAAAGAUCCGUUCUUCACACCGCAUGUCGACUUUCAUACAUCAUAGUAGCAAGAAAGCAAGUCGACAAGAAUUGAUGAAAUACGACGUUGUAUUGACUACAUAUGGCACUCUCGGCUCCGAAAUGAGCCGCAUGGCCAAGAUGAAGGACGAGAAGCGCACCAUCGACUGGGAGGAUCGUACCAACGACCUCAAAUUCCCCCUACUACAUCCAAAAACAAAGUUUUACCGCAUCAUGCUGGAUGAGGCACAAUCCAUCAAGAAUGUGAAAACAUGGGCGGCCAAGGCCGCCCACGAGCUGCAAUCGGAGUAUCGCUGGUGUCUGACGGGCACCCCCAUGAUGAAUGGAGUUCGAGAGCUCUUUUCUCUCAUACAAUUCCUCCGAAUCAAACCUUAUUGUGAAUUCGAGGAAUUCAAGAAGACCUUUGGCCGGCUUUUUGGACUCAAUGGAGCACCACAAGCGCAUGCCAUGAAACAGCUUCGCAUCCUACUGAAGGCUAUCAUGCUCAGGCGCAAGAAGGACUCUCUGCUCGAUGGAAAGCCCAUCUUGCAACUCCCGCCCAAGACAGAGGACGAGAUUCAUGUUAAAUUUUCAGAGGACGAGAGUUCAUACUACAAGACACUGGAAACCAAGUCGCAGGUCAUCUUCAACAAGUACCUCCGCGAGGGUACGGUCGGCAAAAAUUACUCUAACAUCCUGGUAUUGCUGCUGCGGCUCAGACAAGCGUGCUGCCAUCCCCAUUUGAACAUCGACCUGGACGAGUCGGGGUCGUCGCCAGGCUCCACGGUGGCAGCCUCAGACAAAGCUCUGAGAGAGCUUGACCCUAGCACCGUUGAACGUAUCAAGGCGACAGAGGCAUUUGAGUGUCCUAUCUGCUACGACGCUGUUCCGAACCCAUCCUUCUUCGUGCCCUGCGGGCAUGACAGCUGCUCGGAAUGCCUGGCGCAGCUGAUUGACAAGGCGCUGACCGAUGGAUUGGGAGGAGAUGAGGGCAACGGCGCAUUCUGCAAAUGUCCGGAGUGCCGCACGCACUUCAACCCAAAGAUGUGUUUCAAUUUUGAGACCUUCAAGGAAGUCCACAUGCCUGACCCUACAAAGGCCGAAGCCUCUGGCGUAAAGGACGAAGACAAGUCGGAGACCGAAUGGGAAACUGACACUGACGUUGGAGCCGAAGAUGAGGUUGACGGCAAGGGCAACUUGAAGGAUUUCAUUGUCGAUGACAGUUUCUCGAGCAGUGACGAAGAUGACAAAGGCAAGGCUAGGGCGGACGAGCCACCCAAAAAGCGCUAUCGCAGAAAGAAGAAGCCAUCGAAGGAUAAGGGCAAGGCAAAGGCUGAAGAGGAUGAUACCACGGACGUGAAGCCCACGAUGCUGGCACAGCUACGGAAAGACGGCCGGAAGAACCAGCACUUGUACAAGAAAUACAUGGCUUACUUGCGCAAGACCUGGUUGCCAUCGGCCAAGGUUACCGAAUGCAUGAAGCUGCUGCGCAGCUUUGAGGACACGGACGGCGCGAAAACGAUCAUUUUCUCACAAUGGACACUCCUUCUCGAUCUUCUCGAGGUCGCCAUUGGGCGCGAGGAACUUCCCGGCAAGCUGGUACGAUACGACGGCGGCAUGUCCUCUGGGCAGCGCAACGAGGCAGCACUCAACUUUGAGCGGAAACCGGACAUCAAAGUUAUCCUCGUCUCCCUUCGAGCUGGCAACGCUGGCCUCAACUUGACUGCUGCGUCACGUGUGAUCAUCAUGGAUCCUUUCUGGAACCCAUACAUUGAAAUGCAGGCUGUCGAUCGGGCGUAUCGAAUUGGCCAGAAGAAAGAGGUCAAGGUGUACCGUAUCCUCACGCAAGAGACAGUGGAGGAUAGGAUUGUCGAACUGCAGACGAAGAAGAAAGAAGUCGUCGAGGCCGCCCUAGACGAGGAUGAGAGCAAGAAGAUUGGUAGACUCUCGCACGCGGAACUCAAGUACCUGUUUACUGGUUCAAGGAAUUGAGCAUGAGGAGCAGCAAUGCGCUUGUACGACAGGCGGAGAGCGUCAUUUUUGCCUACGAUGUGGUUAUGAUUGUUUGUAAGGCGUUUGGGGAGAUGAAUAAUUAACAUGGCACGGGAGAUAAGUACCCUGAUGAGAUAUUACUGGCCAAAGUAGCUACAUUGCUUAGAUUAGAUG